CAGUCAACAUGGCGGACUGCAGAGGCCACGACUGAAAAAUAGCGGCCUAAUUUAACGUUCGUGUUUACACGGUAUGGCAACAUUUCGGCAAGGUUACACAAAGAAGAUCCGUUUAAAUUAAGGCCAAAUCUUUGAAGUUUUGAUAUCAAAACAACCAUGGCCAUGGACCGGAUGCCUCAACACCCUGAGCUUUUCCCUUGUGGGGACAGAAUCAAAGUUCCCCAAGUUGGUGCCGAUGCGAGUAACUUCAAGGGGAAGUUCAGCUUGGCAGACUUGAGGCCAACCCCCUACUUCAGUCAGCGACAGAAUAUGCUGAGAAGAGACUACCUCCAGAAAAUCAGCUCAGAUCUCCUGUUCAGCGAGGACGUCGUGAAAACCCAUGCGGCGCACACGUUACCCUACGACAGAGAAUCUAUCCGAGAGGCGUAUGACUACUCCGACAUUGUCCAGAGAGAGAAGAAGCGUUUUGUUGGACCCGUGGGCAGGUACAACCCGAGGACCACCAAUCAGCACUUGCCCUGCCACAUCAAGAAACGCUCACAUCAUCGACUGGAGCCAAUCAGAAAGCAGAAGCUCAAGCCCAUCGGGGCGGCCGCGAACGAGGAGGACAAGGAGACGGUGAAAACAGACUCCGACUCCAGACUGGGUCCCAAAUCUCCGGCUUUCCUCACCGAAGACCCCAUGAUCGAAGCCUCUGCCGAAGAGGCUAAUGCCACGCAGGCCCGGACCAAGUACUCCCAGAACUGGGAUGAGCACUUGCUGAUGCAUCUGAGCAAGAACACGGCUCGCUGGAUCGUGGGGGAGCAGACGUCCGAAGGCCCGCAGAAGGACAAGCUGCAUCGAUUGCUGGUUGAUAUGUACGGGGAGCCCUCGGGUCACUUGGACACCCUUAUCCAUGAUGAGGUCAGUGUCAGCGACAUGAGCGUCAGCAGGGAGACAGUCCUGACUGGGUCUAAGACUGGCUCGAAGCAGUCCACAGGCCAGCAGCAGCAGCAGGAAGACGCCACCACCGCAGCUGGCAAAGAUGAGAGGGGGCAAGUGGAAGACGAUGUCAACUCCAGAUCCCUGGCGGCAUUCUAUCGCCAGCCGGAUGCCGUCCGACGGCAGCAGAAACAGUUGGCGAAAGAAGUGGCAGGAUCCCUCAACAGCACAGCCAGGGAAAUUAAGGUGACUCGGAAGAAACCUAAGCCGCCUCCAACUCUGAAGGAUGUGAUGAAUCCGGCAGUGGGCGACACGAUUCACGACACUCAGAACCAGUUUGAGCAGGAAUGGCUUUCCGGUGCCCAACAGGUGCUCCAUCAUGACACCUCCCGUCUCUUGCUGGACACGGGCAACCUGUACCAGAUCACCAGGCAGGAAGACUUCCCCCAGGACCCGGCCUCCUGGAGCGGGGAAGGAGCGUCAGAGAAAACUAAGCAGAAAGGGAAGGCACCGGGCCCGACGGAGGCGGCCACUCAGAAGGGCCACAGGGGGUACAAGAAAUGGAGCCAGUUGCCCCAGGCAAUUCAGGGUGAUGUCUCACUGACCAUCCACGAAGCAGGCUAUGACCCUGAGGCACACAGGGAACCAGACCCAUCAGAGAUGAGGCAACACAAGCAGAACCCGGCUUUGGUCAAACUUGUUGAUGAGUGGAGAACCAAAUGGCACCUUGGCAACAAGUGGUAUGACAGCUCCAUCGAUGAUCUUGUGCGUGACAUGUCGGACAUACAUGAACAUGUCCGACUGCAGGCCAUAGCGACUAUUGCCAAGGCAGCUACCUACCGGCCACCAGCCGAACCCGGGGUACCAAUCAAAAGUUCAUUUGCCAAGAAGGCCCUGGCCGCCAUCAACCAGCGCAAGAACACCAGCGACUCGGAGGGUGUGCUCCCCGACGCCCUCCUGCAGUGCGUGGAGAAGGUCCUGGGGGACACCAGCAGGAGAGUCCAGGUCACUGCAGCCAUUGCUCUGUACACACUCAACAAACCCAACGAGGAGCCAUCUAAUGUUGAGGCCAGGAGGAUCCUGAACGACGUCAUGCGUGCGGGCAGCGAGCCAGAGCGCUGGGCGGCAGCCCAGUGCCUGGCCCACGCCGGGGUCUGUGACUCCUACGUCGUCAGCGAGCUGAUCCAGCAACUCCUGGCCAGCGAGGAUGCCAUCAAGAACGAGCGCUGCGUCAGCCUGCUGGCCAGGCUGAGCGCCAACUCCUCCGUGGUCCACUCCAUGGUCGGGGAGCAGCUCAACAGCACCAGCUGGCGGCAUCGGAUCAUUGCCUGCCGGGUCUUGCCACGGCUCAACGGGACCAUCAACAAGGAUAUUACGCACAAGCUGAGCAACCUGAUGUGGAACGACUGGCACCACGAGGUGCGCAAGGCGGCCGCGCAGACCAUGGGCCGGACAGGCCAUGGGAAGGAGGUCCACGACGACCUGCGAGACAGACUAUUGGAGGGCAACGAACGCGACCGCAUCGAUGCUCUGAACAAGAUUGCACACUUAGGUAUCAUGACGGCCCGCCUCCUACCGGCUUACCUGCAGUGCUUCAGCGAUGCCUACAUAGCGGUAAGGAUUGCCGCAACCAACACGGCUAGUCUGCUGUCGCUGGAAGACCCCAAGGUCACCCAGAAACUGCUCUUCCUGACUCAGUUUGACAACAACUGGAAAGUCAAAGCCCAUGCAGUCAAAGCUCUCGGAGACAUCGGCAAGAACAGCGAGCCAAUCCAGGAGGCCGUUCUGUGGGCGGUGCGCUUUGAGUCGGAGCCCGGGGUGCGCGCCGAGGCCCUGCAGACGUUGGUCAAGCUGAAGAUUGGCGGGAAGCACAUCGCGGCCAUGCUGCAGGACAAGCUACUGGUGGAACCCGACCAGCUCGUCAGAGUACAACUGGCAAUUGCCCUGCAGUCCAUGGGAGUCAGCCCCACGGGAGACAUGGAGAUGGUCCAGCAGAUCAAGGACGAGGUGCGCAGGCUGUGCACGCGCUACAACAUCGCUGCCAAGAUCACCCAGAAUGAGAUGGAAGAGGGCCUGAACGAGCAGCGAGAGCGUUUCUUCAACGAGUCGCCCAGGACGCCAGACCCCAAGGCUAAGUCACGUAAGAAUAUCCCUCCUCGUUCCUCCAUCUCCACCAAGCAGAGCCAGCGGAGCAUCACCACCCCAAGUAUUUUUGUGGAUUCCGAGGCUGAGGAAAGCAAGACCAGCGAUGAUGAAGACUUCAGCCCCACCAAGCCCACCCCGGAUAUUGCCCUCCCGAGAACCCCCUCAGCUGGCCAGGACAGGGGGUCGCUACUCAGCCCCCUGGCGACAUCCAAGACCCCCGGCAGUGCUUCCUCGAGAGGUCGCAGCCCCGUCGAGAAGCUGGAGAAGCUGAUCGAGCUCUACGAGGGAUCCUGCUCCGUCAAGGAGUACAAGGAUUACGUGAGGCCAGAAGGAGAGGAGGAAGAUGCGGACGUUGAGCAGGGCGGAUCCAAAGAUCCCGCGGUGAAACUGGAGACUAUUGCCGAGAGCAUCGAGGAAGAAAUCCGUAUCCUGCGGCAGGAGUCUGCCAAUGCCAACCGCAUCCCUGAGGAGCCAACUCCAGAACGACAGGAACAGGCGGCUUCCCGGAGUAGUCCGAUUCAACAACAGCCUGGCAUGACCCCAGACCCUAGCCCUGCAGGGGAAUCACCGGUGCAGGUACCCGCAUUGGACAUCAACUCAAACCCUGUCGUCUGCGAAGAUGAAGUUCACGUUGCGGUGGCUGAUAAAGCAGCAGGCAAGGUGGAAGCUUUGGUCACUGGAGAUCCAACAGAAAGGAUGUCGGUUGAAAUCUCCAAUCAGACAGAAUCCCAGGACACAUUGCAGGGUCCAGAUAGCCCCACUGAUGAUUAGCAAGAAAGCCGGGGAGGGGGGGGGGUAUUUAAGGGGUUGAAAGAUACAUGGAGAAGUGAGGGAAGGUCAAUCAACUUCAUACUUCCGUUACACAGAUGUAAAA